CUUCAACUGAUCCAAAAACUCAGUUUAAUUCGUCUAAUCAAGAGAUACUCUUUAAAAUGAAGCUAUUUGUAGUGAUAGCGCUGUUGGCAUCAGCAUAUUGUGCCCACGCACUUCCAGUUGAAAAUGAGGUCAGAGUCGUUGAAGAUUCCAACGGCAAUCUGCAUCUCGUUAAUCCAGAUCCCUACACGGUCGUGGACGCUGAGUUGGAACCAAGGUUUGUACCAGAAAACGACAUCCGCUUCCUGUUGUUCACCAGAUCGAAUCCCGUCCAUGGUCAAGUUUUGGAAUGGAACAACCCCAGCUCGAUCUUGAGCUCCAACUUCAACGUCAACGACCCUACACGGUUCAUCAUCCACGGCUGGAAUGGUGAUCAUACAUCCGGCUUGAACGCCAACAUCCGCCAGAACUUCUUCGCAAGAGGCGAAUUCAACAUGAUCACCGUAGACUGGGGAGUCGGUGCAGGAACUAUCAACUAUUUGACCGCUCGUAAUCGCGUCGCUUCGGUUGGAGAGAUCGUUGCCCGCAUGGUAGACACCUUAGUCGCAACCACCGGAGUGUCCUAUAACAGCAUCAAUUUGAUCGGUCACAGUUUAGGAGCUCAUGCGGCCGGAAAUGCUGGUCGAAUGGUGGCAAGUCCACUCAAUACCAUCAUCGGAUUGGAUGCCGCUGGCGUAUCAUUCAGUCUCUCGGAUAACGACAUCCUUUCCCCGAACGACGCCCAAUACGUCGAAGUUAUGUACACUGCAGCCGGAUCCUUAGGCUUUGAUCUACCCCUAGGUCAUUCCAAUUUCUUCCCCAAUGGUGGACGUUCGCAGCCAGGUUGUGGUAUCGAUCUUUCCGGUUCCUGUGCUCAUUCUCGAGCUCAUCAGCUAUACGCCGAAUCCAUCUCCACCACUAUUGGAUUCCGAUCGACUCGAUGUGCCUCGCUGGAUGAAAUCAACGGUGGAGCGUGUACUCCAAGUGGACCCGAUGCCCUGAUGGGUGGAGAACCUUCGAACCGUGGCUUAGGAGUUGAAGGCGUCUUCCGGUUGACCACCAAUGCCAAUGAACCGCGUGCUCAAGGUUGAAUCGGUUUUUAGUAAUGGGUUUAUAGUGCUCGUACAAUAAAAAGACUGCUUAAGUGUAAAGAUUUUAAAAGGUUAGCUGCUUUGUUUAAAGAAUAAAAAAAACAUUAACUUAAGUGCUCAUUGAA